UAGUCCCGCGGCUAUAAAUUCAUCCUAUCUAUCAAACUUUUCAUUAAAUAACAACCUCAACAUCUCUGACUUUUCUUAGGAGAAGAUGUUUUCCACAUCCACUUCUCUUUUCGUGCAGCCUAGAGCUAGUUUGAAAGUACAAAGAGAGGAAAUUGGGAGAGGGAGUAGAGGUUAUUAUUCAACAAGAGUAGCCCGCAACCCAAACUUGGAGAAGUUGCAAACUAACUAUUUGUUUCCUGAGAUAUUAGAGAGGGAGCUUAAGCAUGUGGAGAAGUACCCAAAUGCUAAAGUAAUAAGCCUUGGGGUUGGUGAUACCACACAGCCAUUACCUCAACCUGUAGCCUUGAGCAUGUCUAAUUAUGCACGUGCUCUUUCAACACCUCAAGGAUAUACUGGCUACGGACUGGAACAAGGGAACAAGGAACUAAGAAGAGCAAUUGCAGAAACAAUAUACAAAGAUCUUUCAGUAGAAGAAAGUGAGAUCUUCGUAUCUGAUGGUGCACAGUGUGAUCUGUCAAGAGUUCAGCUCCUUCUUGGUUCCAAUGUGUCAAUUGGUGUGCAGGAUCCAUCAUUUCCAGGAUAUAUAGAUUCAAGUGUGAUUAUGGGGCAGAGUGGUGAUUUGAAGAAAGAGUCGGGAAGAUAUGGAAAUAUAAAGUACAUGAAGUGCAGCUCGGAGAAUGAUUUCUUCCCAGAUCUGUCCAAAACUGAAAGAACAGAUGUUAUCUUCUUCUGCUCUCCAAACAAUCCCACUGGUCAUGCAGCAUCAAGGCAACAAUUGCAGAAACUUGUAGAGUUUGCACAAGUAAAUGGUUCGAUUAUUGUCUAUGAUGCUGCUUAUGCUGCUUAUGUUUCAGACUCAAGCCCUAAAUCAAUUUAUGAGAUCCCUGGUUCCAGAAAGGUUGCCAUUGAGAUAUCAUCUUUCUCAAAGACUGCUGGAUUCACAGGUGUCCGUCUAGGAUGGACUGUAGUGCCUAAGGAACUCCUCUAUUUAAAUGGAUUCCCUGUUAUACACGAUUUUAAUCGCAUUAUAUGUACCAGCUUUAAUGGUGCUUCCAAUAUAGCUCAGGCUGGUGGAUUGGCUUGCCUCUCCCCAGAGGGUUUCAAGGAAGUUAUGUGUAUGGUAGACUACUAUAAGGAAAAUGCAAAGAUUUUAGUUGACACUUUUACUUCACUGGGGUUAAGAGUUUGCGGAGGUAGCAAUGCGCCUUAUGUUUGGGUUCAUUUCCCAGGUUCCAAAUCAUGGAAUGUGUUCAAUUGGAUUCUUGACAAGACUCAUAUUAUUACAGUCCCUGGAAUUGGAUUUGGUCCAGCUGGUGAAGGUUACAUAAGGGUUUCUGCUUUUGGACAUAGAGAGAGCAUCUUAGAAGCAUCUAAAAGACUCACAACCUUACUUUGCUAGACAAAUUAUACACCUACUUUCAUUCUCUGUUUUGAUUCAGAGUUGCUUCCAACUUCUGAUUCUCAUGUUUUACACUUAAUAAGAUUCACUUAAAUA